UGUAAUGAUUACCAUAGAAGAACUAUGUCCGUCCCAACAGGCACCAACAACUGGUGGAAAGAGGCCACCGUCUACCAGGUCUACCCAGCCUCGUUCAAAGACUCCAAUGGCGACGGCUGGGGCGAUAUCCCAGGCGUCAUUGAAAAGGUGCCCUACCUGCAGUCGCUCGGUAUAGACGUCCUCUGGCUCUCCCCAAUGUACGACUCGCCCAUGCACGAUAUGGGGUAUGAUGUAUCGGACUAUGAGAGCGUCCUGCCAGCGUAUGGUACUGUUGGAGAUGUCGAGAAUCUCAUUAAGGCCUGCCACCAGCACGGAAUGAGGAUUAUCCUGGACUUGGUGAUUAACCACACCAGCGACGAGCACAGCUGGUUCAAAGAAAGUCGCAGCAGCAGAGAUAAUCCCAAGCGCGACUGGUACUUCUGGCGUCCGCCUCGCUACGACGAUCAAGGGAAUCGCCUGCCUCCAACGAACUACCGUGGAUAUUUCGCUGGAAGUACCUGGACAUGGGACGAGCACACACAAGAGUACUACCUACAUCUCUACGCAAAAUCCCAGCCCGAUCUCAACUGGGACAACCCGGAAACCCGCAAAGCCAUCUACAACAGCGCAAUCCGGUUCUGGCUGGAAAAAGGCGUGGAUGGGUUCCGAGUCGACACGGUCAACAAGUACAGCAAGCAUACCGAUUUCCGGGACGCGCCUAUCACGGACCCGAACAGCUAUAUCCAGCCUGCGAUCGAGAUGUGGUGUAAUGGCCCGCGCAUCCAUGAGUUUAUACGAGAGAUGUAUGAUGACGUUCUUGCGCCGUAUGGCGAUGUCGUGACCGUGGGCGAGCUGGCGAAUACGCCUGACCCAGAGCAUGUCCUGCGCUAUGUCGGUGCGUCGGCGAAGCAGCUGAGUAUGGUGUUCCAUCUGGACGUCGGCCAUAUCGGGAUGGGCGAGAGUCUGGAGGACAAGUACAUCCUGCAGCCGUGGAAGUUGACAGAGUUGAAAUCCAUCGUUAGCAAGUGGCAAUCCUUCAUUGAAGGAACUGACGGCUGGACGACGGCCUUUUGCGAGAACCACGACAACGGGCGUGCUGUGUCGCGGUUUGCGUCUGAUGCGCCGGAGUUCAGGGAGAGGUCGGCGAAGAUGCUUGCGGUGAUGAUGGUCGCUAUGACGGGGACGCUGUUCUUAUAUCAGGGGCAGGAGAUUGGCAUGGUUAAUGCGCCUAGGGACUGGUCGAUUGAGGAGUAUAAGGAUAUCGAGGGGCUGGGGUACUAUCGUGAGGCGCAGAGACAGGCUGCUGCCGGUGUGAGCCUUGAUCGUCCAGAGCGUAUCAUGGACGGUCUGCGUGUUCUGGCGCGAGAUCAUGCCAGGCUCCCUAUGCAAUGGGAUGAUACUGCUGAGGCUGGAUUUACCGAAGGGACGCCGUGGAUGAGGACGCACGAUAUGUACCGCGAGAUCAAUGUGAAGAAGCAAGAGGGGGAUCCGGAUAGUGUACUCUCAUUUUGGAAGAUGCUACUACUCGUACGCAAGGAAUAUCGGGACCUACUUAUCCAUGGGGCGUUUGAAGUGGUUGACUAUGAGAACCAGCGGGUCUUUAGCUUUGUGAAGUCGAGGAACACGCAACGGGCACUUGUAGUGCUGAACUUCACCCAGACCGAGCAGGCCUAUUCGCAGAGAGACAUAGGAGGGAUGAGACUGCUGGUUAAUAGUUAUUCUGAUGCAGCCUCCGAGAAACUGCGGCCAUAUGAGGGGCGGAUUUAUAUAGGACACGCCAUAUAAACUCCAGAAUAGUCAGCUAUUGGAUAUUAUUUCUGUAAAGCCUCGAAGGCAUCCCCUCUCUCCGAUUGCCAUGUCAUGUUGUUUUAAUAGUAUCCUGUUUGUUAGGAUCCAUAAGGAAGUGUUAAAGUGUUCUACCUAAGAUAUUGAUAAGGAACAGCGG